AUGGCUAGCUUCGACCAGCAAAUACGCCAGCUUGUCAAAGACCUACAUCUGCUUAAUGAAUUGGGGAGAGCAGAAAGUAGGCGUUUCGACGCUGUUUUCCGGAAAGUCGUUGAUGAUGUCCUCGCUCUAGUGAGCUUUAAAGAUAAACAUAAGAUCAGGAUUUCGAUUUCGACGUCACAGUUUCCUCCACUUGUGAUAAAUUGCUACUGCAAGCAUCCUAAGAAAGACUUUGUUGUUGAUCAGCCAAGCAUACACCAAUUGGCACAGUCUGAUCCUCAUAUUCAGCAUACAUCCCGCUUUCACCAGCUACUACGAGCACUUUCCAAUACCACUGCCGAAGGUGGCCGACCCCGGCGCGUCAAACAAGAAUAUAAGGACGUUGUUGAUCAUUUGUCUCGUUACCUCGAGCAAUUACUGGCCCUAUAUGAUUCUUCACAGUCUCAACUAGCAGACUUUCUUUCCCGCUGCUUGACCCAUGAGUACGCUUUAGCAUAUAAUCUUAAUAGGAAGGUGGAAGAGACCACUGACGAAACAGAGCAGCUCAUAUCCGCUUUAGAUGGUUUGGUCACCAGAACCCAAGCGAUGGAAGAUAACGACUCCAUUUUUGACUACAAGCCGUCUUCUCAUUCCAAUGAAUCGAGUGAGCUACUAAACUUUACGAGCAGCGACGAAACCCUUAAUCAGACGUAUGAGGCUAUUUUGCAUCUAGCACUUCUAAAGCCAGCUUCGCUGUUCUACGGUAGUGUAUCUUCCUUAGCGAGAGUCAUUUUACAGAUUCUCGAGAAGUACCACGGAGUCGAGCUUAUGGAGAUUGAAGAAUACCAGGACAGGGAGGGCAUACGUCAACUAAUGUAUGAGUUCCUUCUUGGAUCUGAAGAUUAUGCUGGCAUAGUUCCCCACUACUUUCUUGCAAGAGCGGAGUCUAUUCUUGAUUCUAACGCUGUUAGCGAUGAAAGCUUCGGAGCGGAGCCUACCAAUGCAAAGGAAGACUUUGAUGAAGCUCCAACUUCCUUUAUGGAGACGCUGAUAGCUGAAAGCUAUCUGAGAGAAGAGCUUAUCGAACUCUUGGCCAACUUGAAUACGGUCGUUGCUCUACUAAAUGAGUAUGAUCUACAGUUUCAUCCACAGUUCCCGAAGAUCUUUAGGGCAUUUCUCAAUCUUGUUUAUGAUGACCUUAAUGAUCUAGCGUCUGCGAAAGACUAUGAGUAUGUUGAAACUAUAAGCGACCUUGUUAGACAAAUCAGUGAUUACGAAGUCAAUGUGGAUGGCUUAGAUGGUGAUAUCAUAAGAGGUAUAAUCGAUCAUCUUCACUUCAUGCAAGGCUUUUUAACUUCUGGCUAUGAUGAUUCAACGCUUUUGAUGCGCCUGGCGACACGAGUGUUCUUUUCGGAGUUCGAAAUUACGAAACGCGUUUUCAGAGAUUGGAAUCUUAAGACCGUAUCUGUUGUUCAUCUCGAAACGAUCCUAAAUCAAAAUUCACCAAGUAAGAAUGGGGUUACCACUCGGGAUGUUUUCUCGACAUGGUAUGACAAGUAUAUGAAACUCCUGCAAUUAUCUUCCCAAGCCGACAGAUAUUCUGCUAAGAAACUCAUUGCAAGAAUUCUUAAAGAUCUUUGGAUUCCAAAGUUGAUUCAUUUCGGUGACCUUGAAUAUCAGUCUCAAAAAUUUGUUCUCGACAGGAGGUUCAGGUCAUGGAAUUCGAAGUCGGCUAAGUGGAAACGAGCACAAAGCUCUCUGGAGGCAUUUUAUACUCGGAACCUCUUAAGUGCUACUCUCAAUCAAAUGAAGCAGAGAAUAAGCAAGCUUCGUCUUGAUAACAAGAAUGCAGCUACAAUCCAUGAUAAGGUCCGUAAAAAGACAGAUGGCAUCAUUGCGAGAAAUACGAUUCAUCAGUGGCAGACAAUGUUGAACAAGAAAUUUUCGGCAACAGAUGAAAAGCGUUCUAGCUCCAAAGACUGGUCUCUCAGCGAGAAGCUAGCGGCCCUAGGGAAAAUUGAAAGUCGAUAUUCCUUAGGGAAACAUUUCAAGAAUUGGCAAAAGCAGAUGACUUUGCGACUGAGACUUGAACAAAGUGCCCAGUUAAGUUCUAAGUUAAGGCGUCGCUUUUUCCUUGGUGUUUGGAGGAGAGCAUUUGCAAUGAAUAAACUCUUGGAGAAAUGGCAGAUAAAACAAGAUGAUAACGUCACCAAGGCCAUAUUUAAACACUGGAAGGAUAGCUGGGUUCAGAACGAGAAAGCUUCCGAAUACCAAAGGAAAGCUUGCCUUUCCGCGGCUCUCAAAAAAUGGAAUCUAGAGCAUAAACGGAAGAGUGCUUGUUUGGAUUCACUGUUGAAGCUCUCAACGAUUAAAAAUUGGAAGCUCAAGGCUUUGUCUGGUGAGUUCAGGAAUAAAUUAAAAAGGCGACACUUACGCACAUACUUUAAUGUCUGGAGAACUAAGCGGAAUAACAUGUCCGAAAAUGAGGCUGUUAGUACUUCAUUCGGAAAUGAUAAGUUGAGGAGUGCCAUGUUUGCUUUAUGGAAAUCAAGAAUUAUGCUCCACAGAGAGCUAAAUGUUGUUGCCAAACUCAAUUCCGGAAGAAGCCAUUUUCAUCAUUGGAGGAAUAAGUAUUUGACCCAUCUUGCAGUACAGGAGAGAGCUAUAGCUUUUAAGAAGGAAGGAAGAUCGCUCAACGAAAAGGCUUUGUUGCAGUUCUUUAUUAAGCAUUGGAAGGAAAAGGUUGUUUCACGUUUUGAAGACUAUUCAAAUGGUGUGAUAUUCUCGUUCAAUCAGUCUGUCAGAAGAAAAGGUACUUUGAAAGUCUUUUUAAAGUCUUGGAAGAGGAAGUAUGCGGAAACGAACUCGAAACAAAAAAGAUUAGAAUUUUUGUCAAACCAAUACAACAGGGCUAACCCUGCUCUCGCGACAAUAGUUCGGCAUUGGAAGGAAAAGACUUACAGACUUUUUGAGUACGAACAAGCGGGUCUUGAUUUUUACCGUGCAAUGCUUCAUAAAAAGUUCAUGGUUGUUUGGUACGAAAAACUUAUUGUUAAGGUGAACUACCUAGAUGAGUUAGUUGAAGAAGUUUUGAGUCAAAAGAGCUAUGCUACUACACUUGAGUAUCUUCAAAAAUGGAACCUCAAGUAUGUGAAGACUUACAAGAGAAACUUACAAACUUGCGAGAUGUUCCAAGACAAGUGGAAUACAGCGAAGGCAAGGUCGCUUUUCCAAGUUUGGCGACAUAAGGCUUUCCACAAAGAUACUUCCCAACAGGAAGAGGAAGCUGAGGACUUCGCCGAAGCUAAUACAAGCAUGUUCUAUAGCAGCUUGUCUCCUCUUGCAAAGAAGCGGGGCAGUUUCUUUGAGGGCCAUAGUUACCUUCACACGCCAGUGAAGAAGCAUGUUGCCAAUGCGCCUUUCACUCCAUCCUCAAGGAUUCGCAGGACGAGUCCAACCAGAUUACAAGAUACUAAUCAGAAGAUGACGUUGGAUAAGAUAGAUGCAUUAAUUAAUCACUAUAGAAAAGUGAAGGAGCCAACAAAUAGGAAGACUACCCGAGUGCAAUCAAAUAUUUUGAGAUUACAGGAUAUCUCGACUGUGAGACUCUCUCCUCCGCGCCAGAAUGCCCGUUAUUCAAGUCUUCCUUCCAAACCACCAGCUCCAAAAUUCGAGAGAGUCUUAGACACAUCGCCAAAAGCUACUUCUUCUCCAUUUGAGCCUAACGGUUACCAAAAGCUUCCUUCACCAUUACCACUGGCAGAUAUUGACGCAUCAGUGCUAAGCACAGCCAAGAAGCUCAAAAGAUUCAAGCCUUUGUGCUGCUAA